AUGGUCGGCAAGGACUGCGUCGCCAUCGCCUGCGACCUCCGCCUCGGCCUCCAGGCCCUGACCAUCUCCAACAACUUCCCCAAAAUCUUCCAGUACGGCGACGUCUUCCUCGGCCUGACGGGCCUGGCCACCGACGUCAGCACCGUCAGCGACCUCUUCCGCUACAAGGUCAACAUGUACCGCCUCCGCGAGGAGCGCGCCAUCGCCCCGCGCACCUUUGCCAACCUCGUCUCCUCCUCCCUCUACGAGCGCCGCUUCGGCCCUUACUUUGUGUCGCCCGUCGUCGCCGGCCUCGAUCCCAAGACGGGCGCCCCCUUCAUCUGCGGCUUCGACAGCAUCGGCUGCAUCGACUUUGCAAAGGACUUUAUCGUGUCCGGGACGGCGUCGGAGCAGCUGUUUGGCAUGUGCGAAGGCUUGUGGGAGCCUGAUUUGGAGCCCGAUGCGUUGUUCGAAACCAUCUCACAAGCCCUCCUAAACGCCGUCGACCGUGACGCCCUCUCCGGCUGGGGCGCCCACGUGUACAUCAUCGAGAAGGACAAGGUCACCAAGAGGUUACUAAAGGGCAGACAGGACUAA